AAAGAAGCCGGCAAGACGACAACAGACAGUGAUUUUAUAUUUUUAUUCAUAAAAAAUAAAAAAAGAAAAACAAUAUCUAUUUUUAACAUUUAAAAAAAACCGCAACAUAAAAAAGUGGAACGUGAUUAAAGAGAGUGUGUGUUGUAUCAGACACCAACAAGCCGGGGGAAUUUCAUUUUUUUAUCAAGAGGGAGAAGGAUACAACUUGAGUUGUUAAAAAGCAUUUAAAAACAUCAUAAAAUAUUGUUAAUUGUUUGUUUAAAAAUAUCAAUAUUUAAACUUCAGAAAUCAAUUAUUUAUCACAAUUUUAAAUAAUUGUUUUGUUAUGAUAUUUUAUUUUCAUCUGUUCAAUUGACGUGCCCAACAUCAACGUCAUCAAAAAAAAAAAAAAAAAAAUACAUACAACAAUUGAUAAAUAGAUAUUGUUUAAUAGAAUAAUAACAGUGUUUAAAAAAAAAAGCAAAAAAUAAAAAAAAAAUUGACUCAAGAAUAAAUCAAAGUACAGUUGUUGAUUUAAAAAGUGUUGAUAGUUUUUUUGGUGUUAAAAAAUAAUUAAAUAUAGUAGUUGAAGAUCAUCUACAGGGUGAAAGAACCCCUGUCUUGUAUUUGUGACAGGUUAUGUCAACUAGUUUGGCAGGUACUUUGCCGGAUCAGGUUAGUUUUGACAACUCGUUGACAAAAAAUCAUUGGACUACUUUGGCGUCAUUGGAGAUCAAGGAGCUAUACAUAUUAAGAUUAAACUGUUUUUGUAUGCUACGGAAUGCAGCGGAUGAAAGGACAAGCCAACAAUCAGGCGAGCAAUGGUCCUAAGGAACAUCAGGCACAACAACCACAACAACAACAACAACAACAACAACAACAGCCAGGUGAUCAUGCUGGGGAUGACAGCACAAAUUUUGAUUCAUGGCGUGGUGGAAAUAAUACACAACAUCAUUCAAAUUAUCAAGUUGGAACUGGUGAGCCAUAUCCUUACUAUGCCGGUACAUCAUUUCCUUAUCAAACAUUUGGAGCUGGUGAUGGUACAUGGUCAAAUGGUACUGAAUCAGUAGCAUUUUUAUCUGGUUAUGGAGGACAAAUAUCACAUGAUGCAUAUGGAAUGGAUCAAAUGUUUCCAACUGGUGCUGGUGGUGGUUAUAGUGGUUUUGGUCAACCAGCAUUUAAUUAUUUUCCUGGUAAUGGUGAUUUUAAUGCUUGGGGUACACCACGUAAAGCAAGAUAUGAAGAUUAUUAUCCACAACCACGUAGUAAUGAUGGUUAUCAAGGUGGUGGUGGUGGUACAAGUACAAGUGGUGGUGGUGGUGAAAUGAAAACAGUUGAUCAAGGUGUUCAAGGUUUAUCAAUUGGUGAAUUAUCAAGACAUGAACAACAAAAUAUAACAACUGGACAAAUUAAUAAAACAGAACCAAAAGAACAAAGAAAAAUAACUUGGGCAAGUGUUGCAAGUCAACCAGCAAAACCAAUACCACCAGCACCAACGAAUCAAGGAAUGAAAAAAAAAGCUGGUAUGCCACCACCACCAAUAAUACCUGGUAAACAUAAUAUGGAUAUUGGUACAUGGGGUGAAGGUAAAUCAUCAGUACCACCACCACCAAAAGUACCAUUACCACCACAAAUUACACCUCCAGUUGUUGCACCAAUACCAGUUAUACAAAGAGAACGAGCACCACCAGCAGGUUGGAAACAAACUGGAUCAUCUGGUUUACCAUCUAAUCAAGAAGAACAAAAACAACAACAACAAGCUCAUCCUCAAAAUCAACAGCAACAAGGAUCUCAAAGUCAACAAAGACAAGUUCAACCCCAAUCACAACAACAACAACAGCAACCACAACAACAUGCUCGACAAAAUCAAGUCCAACAACAAAAACAACAGGGAAGCCAUCAAGGCCAACAUGAAAAACAAUCACCACAACCACAAAAUCAACAACAACAACAACAACAAAAUACAUCAGCAAAUCAAGGACAUCAUCAACAAAUUGGUAGUGGUGGACAUCAACAAGCUUCAAGUCCACCAAAAAUUCAUCAUUCAAUGAAUCAAAAUCAUCAACAUAAUCAGCAUGACUCUCAGUCACCACCACACCAUCAUCAACAAAAACAACAACAACAACAACAACCACAACAACAUCAUCAGCAAUAUCAACGACAACAAUCAUCACCAUCUCAAUCAACAACUCAAACAGUUGCUAAUACUGAUGAUUCAAAAGCUAAAAAUGAUUAUAAUCCACCAGAUUUUGAUCAAACAGCACCUGGUGCAAAAUUUUUUGUUAUUAAAUCAUAUUCUGAGGAUGAUAUACAUAGAUCAAUAAAAUAUGAAAUAUGGUGUAGUACUGAGCAUGGUAAUAAACGUCUUGAUCAAGCAUUUAGAGAAGCUAAUCGUGAAGGUGCACCAUUAUAUUUAUUUUUUUCUGUAAAUGGAUCUGGACAUUUUUGUGGUAUGGCACAAAUGGUAUCACCAGUUGAUUAUCAUUCAAAUAGUUCAGUAUGGUCACAAGAUAAAUGGAAAGGACAAUUUCGUGUACGUUGGAUAUAUGUUAAAGACGUACCAAAUGUACAAUUACGUCAUAUUAAAUUAGAAAAUAAUGAAAAUAAAUCAGUUACAAAUUCACGUGAUGCACAAGAAGUACCACAUACACAGGGUAUUAAUGUAUUACGUAUAUUACAUUCUUAUCGUCAUUCAACAAGUAUAUUUGAUGAUUUUGGACAUUAUGAAAAACGUCAAGCUGAAGAAGAUCAACGUAAAGUGCUUCCACCAAGUAUGCAUCGUCAACAACAACAACAACAUUCACCAUCAUCACCACCACCACCUCCACCCCCACCGUCAUUAUCAUCAUCAUCAAAUUCUGGUCAUAGAGGUAGACCACAUCAUUCAUCUGGUGAUAUGCAUCAUCGUGAUAGAGAACAUUCACAUAAUCAUCAUCAUAAUAUUCCACAUAAUCAUCAUUAUCAUCAAGGACAUCAUUCUGGACAACAUCAUCCACAACAUCAUCAUCAAGGACAUCAACAGCAACGACAACAUGAUAAUUCACAUCAUCAUUCACAUAAUAAUCAUCAUCAUCAACGCAGAGAUCAUUACAAUUUUCAGGAUGGACGUGGUGAUGGCGGUGGACGUAGUGAUGGUGGUGGACGAGGUGAUGGUGGUGGUCGUGGUAGAGGAAGAGGUCCACCUCCAUCUCGUCACUAGCAAUAGAUCUAAAUUAGAUCUUAAAACUGUUAAUAAUCAUUUACAACAAGAUUUUAAAAAACACACAAAUAUAUUAAAUCCGCGAAAUUAAUAAAAAAAAAACAAGUGUGAUCACUAGAUACUCCCAGAAUCACUCUCUCUCUCAAUGAGUAAAUAAAAAAAAAAAAUAUUCAUCUAAUGAAUAAUAAUCCUAAUGAUUCAAAAAAUAAAAAAACAAAUAAUAAAUUUCUAAUGAGAAAAAUAUUAAGCUUAGCUUGACAAACUUUUCUUUUUUUUAACUUUAAAAAAUCUUUUUUUUUUUUUUUUUAAUUAAAAAGUUAAUUAUGCAAAUACAUAGAGUGAAUUAUUAUUAACAAUGAUUUUAAUAAAAAAACAAAAAAAGACACUCGAGAAAAGGUGUUGAUGCUUCAAUGGACAAUUUAAACUCAGUGCCUGUUGCUGUUAAUAACAAAAAUGAAUUUAAAAAAAAAAUUAAAAUAACAAUAAUAAUAAAGUAACAGUUGAAUGAAAAAAAAAAAAAAA